GUAUACUCUAUAUUUCCAAAAGUAUUGGCCCCGCCCACCAAAUCAUGUGAUUCAGAUGCUCCAAUCCCCUCCAUGGACACAGGUGUAUACAAUCAAGCCCCUAGGCAUGCAGACUGCUUCUACAAACAUUGGUGAAAGAAUGGGUCGCUCUCAGGAGCUCAGUGACUCCAAGCGUGGUCCCGUGAUAGCGUGGUCCCGUGAUAGGUGGCCACCUGGGCAAUAAGUCCAUCUGUGAUAUUUUCCUGGCUACUAAAUAUUCCACGCUCAACUGUUAGUGGGAUUAUAACAAAGUGGAAGCCACUGGGAACAACAGCCACUCAGCCACCAAGUGGUAGGCCACGUCACAUGACAGGGCGGGGUCAGCGCAUGCUGAAGCGCACAGUGCGCAGAAGUCGCCAACUGUCUGCAGAGUCAAUAGCUAAAGACCUCCAAACUUGGUGUGGCCUUCAGAUGAGCCCAACAACAGUGCGUAGAGAGCUUCAUGGAAUGGGUUUCCAUGGCCGAGCAGCUGCGUCCAAGCCUUCCAUCUCCAAGUGCAAUGCAAAGCGUCGGAUGCCGUGGUGUAAAGCACGCCGCCACUGGACUCUAGAGCAGGGGAGACAUGUUCUCUGGAGUGACCAAUCACACUUCUCUGUCUGGCAAUCUGAUGGACGUGUCCGGGUUGGCAGUUUCCAGGAGAACGGUACUUGCUUGACUGCAUUGUACCAAGUU